AAAGCUUCAACAUGGCAGUCUUUCAUUUGUUACCAGGAUGAAUUUCCUAUUGAGAGGUUAAUAAUCUUUGCAAAAUCAUGUUUGAUAGCCUAGAGUAAAACAAACCUGUUUACCAUGUCUUCAACUAGCUCCGAACUGAUUAGUGAUAGCACUGGGAUGGAGUCACCUUCCAAAGACCAGGCAGGAAGGGCACCACCCAUGUUACCUUGUAAAGUGAUAGACCCAGUUAUCACAGUUAAUGGUGAUGAAGAAAUACUAAAAGAAGUGUGUGUAAACAAUGGAAUCAACUACCACAAGUUGCAAUAUGAAGGAGCAUCUGUGCGCAUGUUGGAAAUGUUUUUCUCUGGAUACCCCAAGAUAACUGGACUGCAUCAUUUCCCCCACCUGACCACCCUGUGUAUCAUCGGACAGACAAUAUCACGGAUAGCGAGUACUGCGUUAACUCCUGUUAUGACCUGUCUUACUGAACUGUGGAUUUGUGAAUGUCAGUUAAAAAAAAUUGAGCACAUUGACAGUAUUAUUGGUUUAAAGAAGUUGUAUCUGUAUGGAAAUGAAAUCUCAGUUCUUGACAACUUAUUUCGUCUGACAGAACUGGAGGUCUUGUGGCUCAACAAUAAUUUUAUAACCAAUAUAGAGAAUAUUGGUACACUGACCAAGCUGAAAGAACUUAAUCUGGCAAACAACAGAAUUGAACAAAUAGGUCAUUCAUUGGAUGGAAAUGUAAAACUGGAAGAGUUGAAUUUAUCAGGAAACAAGAUAUCUUCUUUAAGGGAUGUGACCAACUUGGUGCGGCUACCCAAACUGACCAGUGUCAGCUUCAAGGACCCUCUGUAUCCGCCGUGUCCAGCCAGCUUACUGUGUAACUACUCUAUACACGUCAUGUUCCAUCUGCCAGGACUGAAACGACUUGAUACGUACGAUGUUGUUUCAAAGAAUCUCUCAGAGAUAUCAGAGAUCACAGUCUCAAAGAAGAAAAUGUUCUACAACAUGAGAAACAAAACAAUCCGACGAAAUAUGACAGACAUGAUGAAGAAACUUGAAAAUCAUAAGAAGCAGCUUUUAGAUGUGCCACAUAAACGACUGCGAGCCAUCAUGUUUUCUAUCAAAGAGCUAGAAAGAGAGAUACUUGAGAUGCACGAUUCCAAAGAGGAAGUUGUCUUGCAAAACAGUGACACAGAAAGUGAAAAGGAUGCCAAGGAACUACAGACAUCUAGUAACAAGAGCAAAAAUUCUGAGGAUGGUCGAAAACCUGUUGUGGAGAAGUUGGAAGUUUUGAAAUCGAGACUAGAACAGCUAAAAUUGAAAUGUGAUGAGAUUGAAGAUUACCACAAGGAGUCCCAUAAUCGCAUCCGUCACAAUGCUGAUGUACUGAUUGGUCGAUUUCUCAUUGAACUUGAGACCGGGGGCAAUGUUAGAUUUGAGGACGGCAGCACAUCUGAUGUGUGGUUUAACUCUUGUCAGGAUCUUGUCCUGUCUCGAUUUUGUGUGGCCGAUUACAGGGAACAUGGGAUAGUUGGACUCAAAAUUCACAGAAUCAUCAGAAUCCACAACAAAAUACUGAAAAUGCGAUUUGAUGAAAAGCUGUCAUCACAAGUUGAAAACAGAGAUGGGGAAUAUUAUCUGGCUCCAAGAAAUACAGGUCACAGGAAACUGCUUGAAUACCUGUUUUGGGUGUGGAAUCCUGAGGUGCCGGGUGGUUUGUCAGAACACAUUCGAGUGGUUGAAGCAGGCUUUCAUGACGCAGAUACCUACAAGCAACUCGGAUGUGACGGUGCUGUACCACAGAGCAACAGUCUCAGUCUUGCCGACAGACAUCGGAUAAAUUAUGAAAUGAAGAAGAGAGGUGCUAAACAAUUCCAUGAUGAAUGUCCUUUUAGAUAUGGUCAGCUGAUUAUCUCCAAGGUCUAUCUGGGCAAACAUUCUUGUGUAAAUAGUGAACAGAAGGUGUUCAAGUCUUCCUAUCCGAGUGACAAUGCUGUGUUCAGGCCAAGAAUGUAUUGUGUCUCUAGUGAAUACGGUGAUGACUACAGCACAUGUGAAUGCAGUUCUCGACAGUGUGAUUGGUACAUCUUUGAUAAUGAGCUUGUUCUUCCUGAAUACAUCAUUGACUUUGAAUACGUAACAAAGGUCAAGACAAAAUCUCCAUUUUCAAAUGUCUCUGUUGAUUUGAUGGAAAACAAUUUGUAUACAAUUCCACCACCAUCGACGCCAGUUGAAAAGAUAGAUACUGACAAUGAUGUUUUUAAUAUGGAACCUAAAAUAAAACCAAGACCAAGACUAAUUACAUUGACUGAUGAGUUACUGCUGAAGACAGCUAGAGUUCACAGCCUGUCUGAUAUCACCGUACUCAAUCUUCACGGCAAUGGGUUAUCAAAACUGAAGCACAUCCAGUCAUUGACAAUGCUAAAGACAUUGAUAGUUAGCUUCAAUGAUCUUACCAGACUGGAUGAACUAGCUCAUAUGGGUUUGGAGUACCUGGAUGUAAGCUUUAACAAAAUCUUCACUUUGGAAGGAUUGAAGGGCCUUUCAAAACUGAAGUACAUGGAUGUUAGCUGGAACAAACUGCAGAACACGAGAGAGGAGCUCUCUAUAAUGAGAAAACACAUGUCGACACUGAAGACUCUAGACAUUCGGUCCAAUCCUUUCCUAAAGCCCAAUACUCUGAGGCUGCGGAUCAUUGGCCGACUGAAGGCAUUGACGUUGCUUGAUGGAGUGCCAGUCACAGAGGAAGAAGCAACAUCAGCGCUCAGAGUGGCAGCUGGUUCGAGGAUUUCGCAGUUUUCACUGAUCACAUUCUCUCGGACAAACAACACUUCACCCAGGUCCUUGAGUUUAGUCGAACUGGCAAAGCUUAUCUAUCACAUGAGUCGGAACAAGCCAGAAAAGUUAAACGAACAUGAUACGUCCUGGUAUUCAAAGGUUACAACUCUUUAUCUGGAUGGACAGCACAUCACAAAAUUGUCCAAUCUGGACAGGCUGGAGAACUUGAAGUGGGCAUCAUUCAGCAACAACGACCUCACAAAAAUAGAGGGAUUGGAAAACAAUUCAAAUCUGCUGGAACUCUCUCUAGAAAACAACUGCAUAUUGAAGUUGGAUGGUAUUUCCAAGUUGCACAAACUGCAGAGACUGAACGUUUCAAACAAUUACAUUAGCUGCCUAGAGCCAUGUGUGCUCAAUCACAUGCCAGACCUCGUGUACGUUUCACUGGAGGACAACAGACUUACCUCCCUUCUUGGCCUGCAGAGGGUUUUCAGCCUCAUCGAGCUCUAUGUUGGCAACAAUUUGAUCUCCAAUGUCAGAGAAAUCUUUUGUUUAAAGAGCCUAACAAACCUUGCUAUCCUGGACCUGUUUGGCAACCCCAUGGCUACCGACAAGGAGCACUACCGACUGUUCAUCAUAUUCCAUCUCAAGAUUCUCAAGGCACUCGAUGGUUGUGCAGUAGAAGCUUCAGAAGGAAGUUUGGCAAAAGACACCUUCGGUGGUAGACUAACCCCAGACUUCAUAGCUGAAAAACUGGGCCAUUCUAACUUCCAUGAAGUGAGAGAAGUGGACCUGCCCAACUCUGCCUUCCGCACGGUGGAUCUUGGCAAUGGUGACGAGUUCAACAACCUCAGAAGCAUCAACCUAGAACACAAUAACCUGACAUCUUUUACUGGAUUGGUCCACCUCGUAAAUGUUAGGGUCCUGUGUUUGAAUCACAACCAUAUUGAGUGUAUCCUUCCAAAGAUGAAGCUUCUGAAUAACACUAAAUCAAAAGUAACCAACUUCCUCUCCAAAAACAUAGAGUUUGAAAUGUCACACACGCCAGUGUUGCCAAAUUUAGAAGUAUUGCAUCUAGGUUACAAUGGCAUCAGGGACAUGUCGAGUCUUCAGCUGAGUCGAUUACCAUCACUGAAGGCACUUUUCCUCCAAGGAAAUGACAUUAUGAAAGUGGAAGGUUUGGAUGGUCUUCACGAUCUCCGAGAACUGGUUCUGGACCGGAAUAAGAUCAAGGGACUGUCUGAACUCUCGUUUAUUAACCAGUGGAAUCUUCAGGAACUGCAUCUUGAAGAAAAUCGCCUGCGGGAGCUGUCAAACUUGGGUCAUUUGGAAAACUUGCAACGGCUGUAUCUUGGCUCAAAUCGGUUGCAGGAUUUGUGUGAAUUGGAGAAGUUAGAUGUCCUUGGCAGUCUUGUUGAAAUUUCUGUGGUGAACAAUGCACUGUCUCGGAGAUUGAUGCACCGUCCUCUGUUAGUGUUUCGAAUCCCACAGCUUCUUGUGAUUGAUGGUCUGCCGGUCUCUGAUGAGGAGAGGGCAAAGGCAGAACUGUUUUUUGCUGAUCAACAAUUGUACUUCCAGCCACCCACCAGCCAAGCCAACUCUUGCGAAGCCACCCUGCCCGGUAUCUACCAAUACAAGACCUCUGUUCCUGUGAAGGUAACCAACAUGCAGCUGGUGUCUCCUCCAGUAUUUACUGGCCCAGUUUACUAUGAUGACUCUGAUCCCAUACAGCGAGGUAAGGAGAAAGGAGGUGGGAGGAGGAGAGGUGUGCCGAAGAGUGACAAUGGAGCACAAGCUGGUAAUAAAACUGGACCUGUGUUGAGCUACCAGCAGAACGGUCAGGGCAGUGCGACGCGGUUCACGUACAUGAACAACCAGAUGUCUUAUGCCGCUCAAAACACAGCAGAGUAUGUGGAGAACCUAGCCAGAAUGAACAAUGCUCGCAAUGCUAAGAAAUGAGUACAGAAAGGGAACAAAUAUACAUACUUUUGUCAAAUAAAAGUAUCUAGUCAAGUAUCACGCGUAUUGAUAGACUGCAGAUGCCGGUGACUUGUGUGUUGUGAUAUGCCAGUGAGAAUCUGCAUUGGAAGAACAUAAUUAUGUUACCGAUGUCGAUCCAAAUUACAAGAUACUGUUACUGGUGACAAUACUACAAAUACUGACCAUGGAGUUUACUGCUGAAAUCUGUGAUAUUCAAAAUGUGAUGUCUACAGACUUAUGACCACCAUAGAUGUGUGAAAACUCGAACAUUUUCCAGAAUUCCAGAUUUUAAUGCCACUCAAAAUUGUUUGUGUUCUUAUAGUUUGAUAAAAAGCUCAUAAUAGUAUCCCCCAGAUCACCUUUAUUUUUUUUCAAGACUUUUGCCUGUGGAAAUUUUCAUCCCUGGUCCACUACUCUUGCAUUGUAAUCUAGUCAUCUGGGAUACAUUAUAGAGCUUUAUAAAAUCUUGCUCAAUUAAAAUGAAUAAACUUGAAAUGCUUCCAUUAUUAUAAAUUCUGCUGUUUCAAUGAGUAUUUAUAGUAAUCACCUCCUCAUAUUGCACUGUAAAUGAAUAAACUGAAUUCCCUCAUCAUAUUUUAUUAAUUUAAUUAAUAAUCAGUAUGUUUGAGGAAACAUUUUAACGUUAUCGUUUACAUUAAACAAAUUUAUUAAACAUUUCUCUUUCUUUCUAUUUAACAGAUUUUCAAAGUGGGGGGGAGGGCUCAUUUUUAUGGUUAUAUCGUCAGGUUUCCGUAUUGGCAUUAUAAAACAUUUUAAGUCCCGAAAUAAAAAGGGGGGCUGAGCCCCCCUCCAGCUCUUACGGGCCUGAACAGUAGCAUAUGUUAAGAUAAAUGUUUUAAUACUGUUAAAAAAAAAUUAAUCAGAAAUGUUUCUUUUACACCAAAAUAUUUUCCUCAUUAUGUGUGUAUCCUUUUAGUUUAAGUGGCUGUUCUGAAGAUUAGACAUCAAAAUGUUUGGUAUGAGUGUGUCAGGGUUUUAUCAUUAACCAAGUUUAUAGUUUUAUCAUUAUGCUUUAUGUAAUUUUAUGUGACAAAGCUGUAGUUGAUCAUCUGGUCACAGGACAUUGUCUCACAUUCCUUAUUUUGCUGAUAUAGCUAUGAUGAGGUCUUGUUAUAAGAAAAUUCAGUAUUGACUGCUGUACAACAAAUGUGAUUAUUACCAAAUAGAAUAUUAGAAUCUAAUAUUCAGAUAACUAGUGUUUUGUUAUUGUAAUAUUCAGUAUUAAUUCUAUGCAAAUUUCUUUGGCGUGCCAAUCAACAUAAUCCUGUGAUGGUUUUGCUUUGUUACUAAUUUAAUUGUGUUUUGAUAGUUGUCUAACACAUGCAAUACAUAAAAGCUAUUUCAUGGAUGAUGGGUUUUUAUGUCAAUGAAUAAUGUUUGAAUAUAUUUUAAUGAAUUGCAAAGCAAUUAGUGAAAAUAUGGUUUUCACACAUCACAAGGUGACAAAAAUUGGAUCUGAAAAAAAGCCCACCUUGAAAUGGCCUAUUUGUUAUACAUUUGUAAUGUUAUACAUUACGGUAUACAUUUUCCCUAAUUUUUUACCAAAACAAAACAUUAGGAAAAAAUGUUUUAAAAACUCAAGAUAGUCAAAUGUAGUCCUUCCCUAAGGGAACACUGUUUACUUACUAUAUAUUUGCUACAAGUUAUUUAUUUCUGAGCCGAUUGUUUUCUAAAUUGCACACAAAAAUAGUGUGGGUUUUUUGUUUAUCCAACACAAGUUUACUUUUCUUCUCGAGUCAAAUCAAACUGAAAUUAUUUAUAUAAAACAUUGUUCAGGGACACUGAGAAGUACUAUAGAUGAUUAACACCACUAAUCCUCAUGUCAGAGAAAUAAAGAGUGUACAAGAAAACAAAUUGUAUAUAUAUAUAUAUAUUUAAUUUAAAAACUGUUAAAAUUGUAUGUGAAUGCAUUUAACGUUUGUGAUUCUUAAUAAUAAAUGUAUACAUGACACGGGCGUAGGAAAGUGCCAAAAAGUGGGCGGGUGGGGGCAAACACACACACAUAUAUAUAUAUAUAUAUAUAUAUAUAUAUAUAAAAACCAUUGCUGCUGCUAUAAAGUGGGGGGCAACUGCCCCCCUUGCCGACCCCCCACUUCCUACGCCAGUGCAUGUUUUAUAUAUAUACUUAGUACUCAUAUCAGAGUGAAAUUUGUAUAAAUCAGUGCAUCUAGUGGUAGUGAUAAUGCAGUGGUAUUGUUGUUAUUAUUAUUUAUUUUAUUAAAUUGGAAGAUCAUACUUACUAAAAUCAAAGAAUUUAAUAAAUUAUGUAUGUUCAUUCAUUGUGUAGUUUGUUUCAAACAGUAAACAAGAUGUCUAACAUUAACUACACAAGCAAGUGUCGGAGUGUUUCCGUAAUUGCUAUUAAAUGUUCUUCUUCUUUGCCGACAGUGAUGAUAAAUGACUUUGUUAGAGGCUCAUUACUUUUUGUAGAGAUAAAAUAUGCAGAAUUCAGGAUUUUUUUGUCAUUUGUACAGUGUUUCCAGUUUUUUUUAAAUGUCUAUAUUUUCCAUCAAAAAAAUAAUAUAUAUUUACAACUGAUGUUUUGCAUAUAUCUCCGUUUCUAUCUGCAUUUAUUAUGAAUAGAAGGGACGGAAGGCAACCCAAUGGUAAAGUGGUCACCUGAUGUGAGUCGGUUUAGGAUUGAUCCUCGUCAGUGGACCCAUUCUGGCUAUUUCUCGUUCCAGCCAGCACACCACAACUGGUAUAUUAAAGGUCAUGGCAUG